UCAGUGUGCUCCGACGCCGCGCGGAGGUCACGUGUGCGUCUCCCAGCGGUCGUGGAGGCAUCAUGCACCUGCUGCUGCUGCUGCUGUAUUAAGUUAGCCUCGAGGAGUGUGAUCCAGGACUGCACGGACCUGAAGGAAGUGCCAAAAGGACUCGCUCACCUGUCUUCGUUAGGAAACUUAUAGGCCUCGCCUCGCCCACGCCCCGGCACGUCAGAGCCAGGAUGCGCACGCUGUGUGUGGCGGUGAUACUGGCCGCGUGGCUGGCGGCGGCGGCGGCGGAGAAGGUGAAGCCGUUCGUCUACGACGAGCUGUACAAGGACCCCUGCGACGACCCCAGCAAGGAGCCCCCGAGGAAGAGGAACUCCUGCAAUGGUAACGCUAUACUGCUGUGGGCAAGCAAGGGAAAGCACCGCAAAGUGAAGUACUUGCUUAAACAACCCGACACCGCCUACCUCAUCACCUACCAGGAAUCGAGGGGCUGGCGGAAAGGCUACACGGCGCUCCUGUGGGCCUCGGAGGCCAACAGCACCCGCACGGUCCUCAUGCUGCUCGACGCCGGCUCCAUCAUCGACCACAGGAGUUACGGAAACUUCACGGCCGUCUACCUGUUGGCGGAGAACAAUAACCUGGCUGGUGUGACCCGGAUCCUGGAGAUGGGCGCUGACCCCAACGUCGUGACCGCGAUGGGUUAUACGGCGUUGUUUAUGGCCACGUGGAAUGGACAGCCGCAUAUAGUUAAGGUUCUCCUCGACCACAACGCCAACCCUAACUUCACUACUCCCAAUACAAAAUACUUCCCGCUCUACAUCGCCUCCAAGAACGGACACAAGGAGAUAGUGGAGCACCUCCUGGACGCCUACGCCAACUUCAACAUGCAGACGUCGUGGGGUGUGACGGCUCUGCACGCGGCUACUUACUGGGGUCACUUGGACGUCGUCAUUGCCUUGCUGGCCGCUGGAGCAGACACGGACAUGCAGGAAAAAGACGGUUUCACUCCGCUUCAUAAAGCCACCUACUACGAAUUCCCGGACAUCGUUAUGGCUUUGAUCGACUCGGGGGCGAACGUCGACUUACAGAGCAAAGAGGGCGACACACCGCUCAUCUACGCCGCCAAGAAGGGCAACGUCGACCUCAUCAACCUCCUGGUCAACGCCACCGCCAACCCGAACCUCCAGGAGCACACGGGUCAGCUGGUGCUCUGCAAGACGGCAUUACACUGGGCUGUCAUUAACCGCAAGGCCAACUGCGUCAGGGCUCUGCUGUGGGGUUGCCCGGACCUCAACAUCAGGGACCACGACGGUAAGGGCGGUCUAGAUGACACUGAUGGUUCUCUUUCUUCCGCUGGUUCACUUGUUCCUGGCUUUAUUUCCGAAUACUAUGUGUGA